AUGACGCUCUUCUCCCUGAAGCGUUGCGAGCGGUGCCACGGCGGCAUCUCUUCCAACGAGUUGGUGAUGCGGGCCCGCGACUACGUCUACCACAUCCACUGCUUCACCUGCGUCACCUGCAACGUGCCGCUCUCCAAGGAGUACACGUCGGACCUGGACCACAUGGGGUACGAGUCACCCGGACCGCACAGCCAGCGCAGCAAGCGCAUGCGCACCAGCUUCAAACACCACCAGCUGCGUACAAUGAAGAGUUAUUUCGCACUCAACCAGAACCCAGACGCCAAGGACCUGAAGCAGCUGGCGCAGAAGACGGGCCUGUCGAAGCGCGUGCUGCAGGUCUGGUUCCAGAACGCGCGUGCCAAGUGGCGGCGGACGGUGCUGCGCCAGGAGAAGUCCGGCGAGUCCAAGGACGACCAUCGAUGA